UUUUCAGUAAUUCGCGAAAAAAUUUUAACCGUAUAGUGGUGCCGUUUUAAACGUAGCCAUGGCGAUGAAUCAACAAAAUUGAGCGCUCCACUGCGCCAGUCGGUUUAAGUCGUGCGCCAAAUUGAAUUCUCGCUUCAUCAGUUAGUUGGACCUCAUCAAGAGGAACUUCUUGAGCCACCAUGGACGAUCGGAUGGUGGACAGGAUUUUUGCGGGCUCGCUGGAGCAUCGGCUGCCGCCCGUCAGCUCCAAGAUUGUUCGCAUUUUUACCAGCUCUACUUUCACAGACACUGGCAUGGAGAGGAACACUUUGAUGGCCCAGGUGUACCCAAAACUGAAGGACUACUGUCGCGAGAAACACGGCCUUGAAUUUCAGGUGGUGGACAUGCGAUGGGGCGUGAGAGAUGAAGCCACGGACGACCACAUGACAACUGAAUUGUGCAUGAGAGAGAUUAGAAACUGCCAGAGACUCUCCAUGGGCCCCAACUUUGUGUGUUUCCUAGGCCAAAAGUACGGCUACCGACCGAUUCCAACGUACAUCGUGUCGGCCGAGCUGCAACUGCUGCGCGACGAAUUAACCGCCUUAAACGUAGACGGCUCCACUCUUGACCUAUGGUACAGAAAGGACAGCAAUGCAGUGCCGCCGGUUUCGGUACUGCAGCCAAUUUCAUCGAUUUUGGUCAAUUUCAACAAUAAGCGAGUUCCUAAGCUGCAGCAGCAAGAUCAAGCUAUCUGGUGGGACACAAUGGUGAAGAUGCAAAAACUGCUGCGAAAAGCGUCGCAGUCAUUAUUCAACGGCGGCAAAAUUGACAAAGACACCAUGCAUAACUAUUUCAUGUCAGUGACUGAGCGAGAGAUUAUAAACGGUAUCUUGAAUGUGAAAAACACCAAAAACCACUGCCUCGGCUAUAUCAGAUACAUCAACAACAUUAACCUACAAAAUCUAAAGAAGGCGUCGUUGUUUAUUGAUAUUCUUAAUAGAAGUCUCGACACUGAAGCUUGCAAACUCAUGGCUGAUCUCAGGGAUGUCCGACUACCAAACAAAAUAGAAGCAACAAAUUUGCAAAGAUACACGAUUGAAUGGAUUGGGCGCGAAGGUUUGGACCCUGACACUCACUCAGAGUACUUGCAACAUUUCAUCACGCAUUUUUAUAAAAACAUGGUAAAAUUGGUGGACCGCGCGAUGCGAAAAGAAGACUCAAGCGCGCAAGGACAGAUCGUCACAGAAAUCCUGCAGCACAUGAACGCGUGCAUGAGCUGCGUCGAGGUGUUUUACGGUCGGGAGGACACUCUCGAGCGAAUCAGAGCGCACCAGCAAAAUCCAGAGGCCAAAAAACCGCUGGUCCUUUACGGCGAGGGUGGUUGCGGCAAAACAUCCAUGCUCUCCAAGUCGGCCUCGAUGUCGCCAAAGUGGUUUCCUGGCUCUAAGCCGAUUUGCAUAAUUAGGUUUCUCGGCACCACACCUGACUCGAGCAGUCUCCAGCCUACCCUCGUGUCCAUUUGUCAGCAGAUAUCCUAUAACUACAUGUUGCCAUUUGAGGAUAUUCCGGACGACUUGGUGCCUCUGACGGCCUAUUUCAAGUACCUCUUGACAAUGGCAACCAAGGAAAUGCCCCUGCUACUUUUCCUCGACUCGAUCGACCAGCUGACGGGGGCGCAAGGCGCAAAUAAAAUUUCCUGGCUGCCGACGAAAAUUCCGCCCCACUGCAAAAUCAUUUUGACGUGCGCCGCAGAGGCGGACAACCCAGAAAUUUCGCGCGACUACCACCUGUUGAGGCGGAUGAUUGAUGCUGAUGAGAAUUUCAUUGAGAUAACAGAUCUCGGCGAGGACUUGGCAAUGCAAGUUACACGCAUGUGGAUGCAGAAGGCGUGCAGGGAUUUGACUAAUUACCAGUGGCGCUUGGUGGCAAACGCAAUUUCAAAAUGCUCGCUGCCCAUCUUCGUCAAAUUAGUUUUUGCCGAAAUUUGCCGCUGGAGGAGCUACACGAGGCCGCAGGAAACGUACUUGGCCUCAACCAUCAUGGAUUCGAUUAUGAUGUUGUUUGAAAGGAUUGAAAAACAGCACGGUAGGCUGUUGGUUUUCCACGCGCUCGCGUAUAUCACGGCCGCUAAAAGUGGCCUGUCCGAGUCUGAGCUGGAGGAUUUGAUUUCCCUGGACGAUAAAGUCUUGGACGACGUCUAUCAGUACCACUUGCCGCCGACAAGAAGGAUUCCUCCACUGCUUUGGACGAGAAUUAGAAACGACUUACCCAAUUAUUUAUCAGAGCGGGAAGCUGACGGCGUCAGCGUCAUGAAUUGGUACCACAGACAAUUCCGAGACGCAGCCAAGGAGCGUUAUUUCAAGAAUAAGAACCUUUCAAACUACUUUCACUCCUCCAUCGCGGACUAUUUCCUCGGAAUAUGGGGUGGUGGCGUCCCUAAGCCAUUUAAAUUUACUGAAAUUCAACGACACAGAUUCAACUUGGCUUCUAAAGACAGUUCAGCAGACAGGAAAGUGCCGACUCAACCGCUUGUGUAUUACACAAAGGAGGGCAAAGUUUCUCGUUAUAAUUUAAGAAAGUUUGGAGAGUUGCCUUUCCACUUGGUCAGGUCACAACGAUUCGACGACCUGUUUGAGCACGUCCUCUUUAAUUACCAGUGGAUUCACGCUAAGCUAUCCUCGUGCCCUUUGCAAGCGGUGCUCUCUGAUUUCGAGGACGCCUGCGCUCAUCUCUCAAAUAAAGAAACAAUCAGGGAGCUAACUUUGGUAGCUGACGCGUUAAGAUUAGGCGGUGCAAUUCUGGGCGUUUAUCCAGACAUGCUUGCGUCGCAAUUAGUCGGCCGCCUUCUGCCAGAAAUCGCUACCAACCCUAAUGUAAAACGGCUGCUUGAACAAUGUGAUAAGGAAGGCCCGCACCACUCCGCCCUCAUUCCCAUGCAUCACUGUCUGCACACCCCAGGUGGCCCCCUCAAGUAUUCACUGGAGGGCCACCAGUUUGCCGUGUUUGGCUUCAAACUCACCGCCGACUACCGCUACAUUGUGUCUGUCUCAAACAAGUUCCUCACCUGGGACCUGGCCACCAGUGACCUGACCCGCGAAGUCAAUCCCGACAUCGAGGGAAUCAUGCAAAAUUUGGUUCUCAGCCCGGACAACAGAUUCGCGGCCGCCUACACAAAUAACAACAUGGUUGUUCUCCUGAACAUGUUGAGCAGUGAAUUUGUAAUCCUGGCCACGCCGCUAGAGAAUGAUGAGGAGAUCCAUGGUGUUUUCCUGUUGAAUGCACAUCUACUCGUGCAUGGAAGCCACACAUGGGUUCAGUACAGUCUGCAGGGCGAUCUGCAAGCGCGUCAUGAAGGCGCCGAGUUUAUCAGCGCCACUUUCGCACAGGCGGGCAUGGAGGAUGAAAGCGGCUGGGUGCGUAAGCCGAUUUUGACAAUGGAAUGCCAGAGCCUACAGACAAUGCGAUUCAUUCUGUGGAGUGGCCAAUUAGAUAAGCCAGACAUGAUGCUAAUCGCGAGCAACGAGGACGGACAAAAAAUGCAACCGCUCCCUUUUCACAGCGCCAUGGCGCAAAAUGCCGGGUGGACCAAAGUUUACUGCAUGACACAAGAGAAAGGCGUGGUUGAGGCUAGCGUGGACGGCACGAUGUGGACGGUUACCAAAGAAUUUGACAAGCCUGGGGAACAACUACUGCAGUUAAAACUCGACAAAGAGGAAGAACAUCUUUUCGGUACAACUUGCAACGGCUUUAGAAUAUGGCAUUUGGAAAAGUGCACCAUGAAAUCGUUCACGCUGCCUCACAGCGUUCGAAACAUUUCAACGAAAAUGCUGCAGUCCAACUCCUGCGUGCUUUCAUUAUCAAAGGACAUUCUAGUGGCGGCAGUUAGGAAAAGCUUGCACGUUUGGAGUGUUGAAACAGAGCAAUUGUUGAAACAGCUUGAUGCCCAUUUCGGCAGAAUAAUUUCCCUAGAACCACUCACUAUUGGCAAUUGGAAUUUAAUCAUUACGUCGUCUAUCGACAGAUCAGUAAAAGUUUGGAACAUAAACAAUAUCUUUGAGCAAGUCCACGCGAUUGACAGACACGAAUUGCAGAUUGAUCAGAUAACAAUCGCGCAAGAAGCGUGUAUCGCGGUUACCGUGACCAGAGGUUGCGUGGGAGUGUGGGACCUGCUCACGGGCACCCAGCAAUCCCGCCUGGCCGACAGCCCUUUGGGUGCGAUCGUCACACAUGCAGAGGUGACCUCAGAUGGAAGAUACAUCGUGUCCGCUGAGUCGGGGAAUUUGAUUAUCUGGAAUCGAGUGCAGGAGAGCGUUAUUUUUAAAGAGGAACAACCCAACAUCAAGCAGAUUUUGCUGCUGAAUAAUGGCGAAAGGUUUUUGACUGUGUCCGGACCACCUGAAGGCUCAACAGACGGCUUAUUAGUGGUUAGAACUUUGCCCGACGGCGGACGCGUUUGGGCAGCAAACUUCUCUCUGAGCACAAGUUUCAAACCAGCCGUUGUUACCAGUGAUAAUGAGCAUAUUGUAAUCUGCAGCCAGGAAGACGUCUCCGGUGUUCCUAAGUCGAGCAAGAAACCCAGCUCCCGACGGGGCAGUGUGUCCAGUACACCGGGCAGUGUCCAUUCCUCCAGGAGCAGCAAGUCCAGUCGCUCUGGCUCGGCAAGGAGCCGCUCGAAUUCCGUCGGUUCCACUUCAUCUGGCACAGGCCCGAGCACCAAAGAAAUGCUGAUGGUUUUUGACGCCGAAACGGGCACCCUUAACGCCAAAUUCCAACUAAAAUCCGGGAAGGAAGUGCUGCAAAUACUGGCGAUGCCAAACAAGGGAAACCUGGUGGCUGUGAUUGAUUCGGAUAAAGCUACUGUGGUCGAUAUUCGCGGCGGCAACGGCAAUAACGCCAAAGUGUCGAGGACGAUCCAGAAAUGGGGCGGCUGCUGCACACAGGACGGCAAAUACGGCCUCUACGCCCCGACUCGCGGCGGCUUGCAGCUGCUGGAGCUGAAACAUGGAGCGACUGUCAAAACAUUCAUUCCUAAAGUUGCUGAGGGUGUUUUUACUGUCAUGUCGCUUUUUAAUCAAACGGAUGAGUAUGUACUCUACUAUCACAGCGGACGACGGACGUUGCGCGUAUUCAGGACUGCCGAUGCGAGUAUGAUUGCAAACUACCGCGUGCAAGCAGAGUUGAGCGCUAUUGCGAGCACCAAAGACGGAAAAGCGCUCGUCCUGGGAGCGGUUGAUGGAUGCAUCUCUGUCCUGGCACUCGCGGAUCCCAGCAAACCAGAAAUGAUCUCCUUUCUCUCCACUCUGCCCUCAAGAGACGAGAAAUGGAAAAAAGAGAGUUCGCUCAAGCAUCGAGAAAUCGAGGAUACAGAAAAGCUGGGUGCAUAGCAUUCUGAGAAGUGGAAAAUGGUGGUUAACAUAUAAAAGUUACUAAGUAAGAGUUAAUGUUGCUUUAAACUGUCUAAUAAAUUGAGAAUCCC